UAGAUCACCCACUGUAUUCACAGCCAGAAGGAAAAGAAGCAUCUCCUGACUCUCUGGGCUUCAAGGAUAUCAGUUAUGUUGUAUUGGUAUUUGAAGUGAUGAUAUGAAGCUCUUUCCUGCCAGUGCUGUCUGUUAGCAGAGAGAACUUAGUGGCAUAUAGUGGAAUAGGAUUCAUCAGCAUCACUGGUUCCAGCUGCCUCCUCAAGAGAAAAACUGCAUUUUAUCCGGUGAGCGUGCCUGAGGGGAGACAAACACGAGAGAGGAGAGACAAUUGAACAUCACUAUUGGCUGAGACCUGAAAAAAUGGUGCUGGAUGAACAGAGGAUUAGAACUUAAUUGUGAAAGGGAAAUAAAGUCUUGGCGGGCAAUUUUCUUCAUUUCCACAUUCAUCAUGGCCCAAAUUCUCUGGCUGGAUGGUUGAUGGGACUGUCCAACACUUGCUACCUGGGUUCAGUGCAGAUCCCUUGUGCCUACGGCUCGAAAGACCUGGGAUCAGGUGGGAAUUGGAUGAUGUCAAAUACGGGAAUGGAAAGAGAAAUGGACUCUGACAAGAUAAGAUGGAAGUGACUUGACAGCUUCAAGCUCAGCAGUUGUCUCCAGUAAGGACAGGUUAAGAUUGGAAUCACAAGCUUCACUGGGAGAGCAGUAUGCAGGAAGCUGGUUUUCAGGCCACAAAUGCUUUCACAGAGUGCAAAUUCACCUGCGCCAGUGGUAAAUGCUUGUAUCUUGGUUCAUUGAUUUGUAACCAACAGAAUGACUGUGGAGAUAACAGUGAUGAAGAGAACUGUCUGCUUGUAACAGAGCAUCCACCUCCAGGCAUCUUUAGCUCUGAACUGGAGUUUGUUCAAAUCAUCAUUAUAAUUGUGGUUAUAACUGUUAUGGUGGUAGUGAUCAUCUGCUUGUUGAACCAUUACAAACUCUCGACACGCUCCUUUAUCAACCGACAGAGCCAAAGCAGAAGGCAGGAAGAAACUCUGCAGACGGAAGGGUGCUUGUGGCCUUCAGAAAGCUCGGUUUCUCGCCAGGGUGCUUCAGAGAUUAUGUAUGCUCCAAGGUCCAGGGACAGGUUUACCGCCCCGUCUUUUAUGCAGCGGGACCGUUUCAGUCGCUUCCAGCCCACUUAUCCUUACAUGCAGCAUGAGAUUGACCUUCCUCCAACCAUCUCCCUCUCUGAUGGAGAAGAGCCGCCGCCGUACCAAGGCCCGUGCACGCUGCAGCUCCGGGACCCAGAACAGCAGAUGGAGCUCAAUCGGGAGUCUGUCAGGGCACCGCCCAACCGAACCAUUUUUGAUAGCGACUUGAUAGAUAUUUCAAUGUACAAUGGGGGCCCCUGCCCACCAAGCAGCAAUUCGGGCAUAAGUGCAACCAACUAUAGCAGUAAUGGAAGGAUGGAAGGACCACCCCCGACGUACAGCGAGGUCAUGGGGCAUUUCCCGGGCUCCUCUUUUUUCCAUCACCAGCACAGCAAUGCGCCUCCUUCCUCGCAGAGGGGGAGCAGACUUCAGUUUCAGCAGAACAAUUCAGAGAGCACAAUAGUCCCUAGCAAAGGCCAAGACAGGAAACCAGGAAACCUGGUCUAAGUUCCUCUCCCAGGUGCAUUUGAACUGAAGAUGAGAGAUUUGAGCAGGGCGGCGGAGGAAAACCCCCAUGCUCCGGUGCACAGUGUUGUUACGUUUCACGUGGUACAACUCAGUAAAACCAAACGUGCAAACCAGUUCUUUGUUUCUGAUUCCUUUCAGGGGAAUUGCAUGAUGCAAAUCAGAUAAAUACAAACUUCCAUUCAGUUUGUCUACGAGCAGUGUUUCAGGGGAGAGAGGGGGCUAUAUAUUUUUUUUUAAUAAACUAUUUCAAUUAUUUAAUUCUAAAAGUAAACUUAGCACAGAAAUGAGGCUUGUACAGCCUGUUUUAUACUCACUGAAUGGCAGAAGGAAGAAGAAGAAGGUUUUACUAGAUAAAUGGGGGAAGAAUUGGCCAGUUUGCUUUUUUGUUCUCCCAGGGUGUGGAUUUUUUUAAUAUGAAACAAAAUUCCUGUUUUGUGUGCCAAGGUAUAAAGUUGAGAACUUAGGUGAAUGCAAGGAAUUAAUUUGUGUUGUGAUAAAUGUGUUUUAAAAAGUUGCACUAUCUUAAUGUUUAAAAAAAUAUAUAUGAGGGAACUGUUUUAUGUGAAGUUCUUCUAUAUGUUGUCUUUUCACCUGUGGAAUAAUGAUUGAGCCCCAGAAGUAAUCUGGAGGAGUUUACCCCCCUCCCCCCCGGGUUUGCUAGAGAAAGGGGACAGGAUUUAGUCUAACAUCUCUUGACUGACUUACACAAAUCAAGAAAUACAGGGACAUUUAACUUGUCUUUGCAAUAAUUUGCAUUCAAACUGCAUAACAGUGCAUCAGUGAAGUGUCUUGGAGACUUUUGGCUGGAAGGAGACAAAUAUGAAAUCCCAGCAUUUUCCAUCAAUUAGGGUUUAGCUAUUAUGUGGUUUAGACUAUUUGUUUCAUAAAAGGCAAAACAAAAUCCCAGAUGUGCUAAUUUAUAUGGAUUCUAACUAAGUGCUGCCAUUCUUUUCCUUUUCAUAAUGCAGUAUCAUCAGUACUUAAGGUUUUAGAAGUUUCUGUCCUCACUGUAGUCUGAAAUGUAUUUAGUCACAUAUCAUGGCAUUAUGCAAUAAAUUGUUUAAAAAUGCAAGGUGGGGUUUUUCCCCCCUGCAAUGCUGUUAAAAUAUAUGAGACUGUUGUGCUUUUCACUCCCCAUUUUGUCUUUUAGAUACUACAGUUCAGCCCUGGAGAUCUAUUGUGUUGAAGUGAAUGGACUUUGGUAGUUAUAACCCCCCAUGCAGUUUCUGCAGCGGUACUGGGAGCGCCGGUGAAAGCAGUGCUGGCUUCUGCAGCAUCGCUGGAGGUGACUUGGGAGCAUCAGUUAACCUCACAGCAAACCAUUGGCAUUUUGCUAUGGGCCCUGUCGUACCAACCCUCCUCUGUGCACGUCAUCCCAUUGAUGCCAGCAGGACUGUGCCCAUGGGUAAAGAUUACUUACACAUUAACUAAGUGUAUGUAAGCCCUGGUUUUGUCACACUGGUCUUAAAAGUAGUUGGAAGAUUUUACCUACCUGUAAAAUGGCAUGUAGACUAUUUCUUCCUUGGCUAGUUUUGUGUGGAAGCAAGUGCAGCACUGGAAGGCAGUUGAAAAAUGGUGAUAGUGGCAUCACAAGCACAUGAAAAAGCACAACUUGCACUUAAAAUGCAUUUCGGAAACAGACUUAAAGUUAAAACCUUUAGAGUCUUAGUUUGAAUAGUUUCUAAUAUAUCUGUGUGUGUGUGUGUGUGUGUGUGUUUGCGUGUGUGUGUGUGUGUGUGUAUGCAUGUGUGUGUGUGAGAUAGAUUUUUCACUUUAAGAUCUUUCACUUUUUCUAUGUUUGUAAGCCUUGCGCUUGGUUAACAACAGCAGCGGGUGAGUGCCGCAGAGGAGCGCUGUACGGUAGCGCCUGUCCCGCUCGCCAGAGGUUGGGUUUCUGCAUGGUUUCUGCGCACCGGAGGCUCUGAUAACUGAACUGAAUCCUUGAUCUAUGCAGAGUUUUAAUGCCAAAACAGUGUGUGUGUGUGUGUGUGUUUGUGUGCGCAUGUGCGCGCGUGUGUGCGUUUUGUGGGUCUCUGUAGAUGAUUUCCUUCAUAAGCUAAUUUGGUCAUAUUUUAGUUUAGAAAACAUUUGAAUAACUGUUAGUCUGCAUAUGCAGCCCCAUUUGUCACUGUAAUUGUUUCUUGGUCUGAAUCACUCUGAUAAUGCGGAGUAAAGCUGCCGUUUAAUUUAUGUUGUAUUUGAAGGGAGAGGUUAGAGAUUAUAUGACUGGAUUCAUUUACUUUUUUUCACUCAGACCCACAGGACAGGAGUUUAGGAGAGGACUAGGUGGCUAUGUGUGAACUAGGGCUCUUGUCACGUCUAGUUCCUGGGAGUAAAAGUUUUGAAAUUAGAUUUUUGCAGACAACCUAUGAGCAUAAUCUGUAGUGAAAAAAACGCAAGAUGUUGUUUUUGGUCUUCAGUGACUUUGCUGUCCUUUAGAAGUGAGCCUUUAGUCAGACAAUGCGUGUGCCUAUGCAGAUACUUUGCUGUUGCCUAAGUAUGGAUUAUUCAGCUGGGAGGCCUUUAGGGCAAAGAACAACUGGAACUCAGUUGUCAUGUUGUCAGAGCACACCUGGACUAGGCCCUGGCACCGGACCAGCUGAAUACUAAUUUCCCCCCAUGUACAGCUCUCACAGGAGUGAGCUUUGAACUUACCUUCAGAGUCACCUCUUGGGAAUAUGCUUUCUUUGAAGACAGCCCUUUGCCACCUCUGUGUACCAGUGAAUUUGCACACAUCCCAUUAACCUUGUUGGGUAUGAUGCAUGUGCAGGGUUGUCUUGUAACUUGCCUUGACUGAGGGUUAAAAACUGUAUGGAAAAACUAACCCGUUUUACCAGUUCUGCAGGAAGAUUUGUUUAAAAAACUUUAAAAGAUAGUACUGUAUUUGCUCACAUAAUGCUUGCGAUUCUUCCUACACCUGCACCCUCUCCUCUGAUUCUGCCAGCCAAAGCUAAUGGGCAACCGUUAACCUGUCUGCUCAGAAAGCACAGUCAUCUGUUGCUUGCUGUAGGGGAGCUUGCAGUCCAUUCAUUUGGACAGGGUCAGCUAUUAAUGUAGUAAACAUGGUAUUUUCUAAUACAUAUUAGUGAUCUCUGGUAGGAACACUGUUAACAAUGUACCAUUACAAAAGCCUGUGUUCUCUUUCUCUUUCAUUUUUUUAUGAUGCUGAGAGAGAACAUACUUGCUAACAGGACAGAAAGCUAAAAGAAAAUGAAAUAGACAUCACUGUCAAUCUGCACAGGCUUAAAAACUAGUAUUCUCUUAAGUGCGGUAAUUCUAUGAGGUAUUUCUGCAAAAUUCCCUUUUUAAAAUAUCAAGGAUUAAUAAACUGUGUUCCAGAGCCGCUCAAAUGCAGCUUUGUAAAUUAUUAAAGAUUUCUCUAAAUAUUGUAGAGUUAAUCAUAUGGACGAUGUGUUUUGUUUUAGGUGUAUCAUGCGCAAAAACUACAUAACACAUGUGGAGUUUUCUAUGUAAUGAAUCGUAUUAGCCUGAAUUCUGGUUGCUUCUCCUAAUCUUUGCCCAAUAAUGCAUCUUCCCUAGAGUCAGUCCAGUGCUGUCCCCAUUUUAGCAAUUUUCAAGCUAAAAAACCUUUUUAAAAUGUGCCUUUAAGAAAUAAGGCAUGAUGACCUCUCUUUUACCUACCACAAAAGAUCCUUUUUCCAAAAGUUACUUGACAUGGGUCAUUUCCUGCUCAGAAGUAUGCCCCUUCUUCACUGUCUUGUCCUAUAAUCUUCCAGGGCUAGAAAAGGUAGGGUUUUUAGACGUAGAAUAAGAGGUUUCCCUCCUGCUUUCCCAAUGGAGUACUUAGCACUUAACUCUAAUCCUGGAUGUAGUUUCAGCCUGACUGUGGUUGGGUUUGUCUCAAUGCUGUACGAUUAGGCUCUUUGUAUAUGAAGCACCUUCUUUUAAGAUAUGAAUAAGGACUAGGAAAACUACUCCUAUUCAACUGAGCAGUGUUAAGAUCACUUCUCUGUAGCGUGUGUGGCACAUGCAGGAUACAUGAUACUGCGGUGUGAUAAGACGGUUUUGUCAGGGAGGACUUCUUUAAACUGCUCCUACUCUUGUCAUUGAUGAACAUAGCACUUAAUACAGCUUCAGGCUGAUGUGAACUUACUACAGCAUGUUUUUUCUUGCAAGUAUGAAAACUCAGACACAUGCCCUGUGUACAAGUCUUGAUAGCUAGGGAGGAAGGUAUUUCUGUUCCUGCAGUCAUGGGAUCCACUGGAACCAUGGAUCAAAUUGUGCUCAUUUUACUCCUUUUAUUGCCUGCCCCACUCCCCCCACUAUCUCCCACCAGUUUGUCCCAGCUGAAGGCUGCUUCUUAUAUCCCAAACUUCUGAAUUUUUGUGUUGCAUUAGACACAUUUCUUUUACUGUGAAUGUGGUUUCAGGGAAGAGCAGGGAGUGAAAUUACAUUGUUCUUGAAGAAAUGCACUUUCUUUGGAGUAGGGGAAAUGGCUUUGUCCUGCUAAAGAAUCUGGCAUGUAGGCUUUCUGGAACCGUGCUCUCUGAAACCUUCAUUUCUAACCCUGCCAGGUAGUGAGAUAUUGAACCUUGACACUGACACCCUGAUUUGUAAGGAAUGUUUGAAUGUUUUAGGGGAGAUUGAUUACUAACCUUUCUCUGACUCUGAGCCCUGAACACUUUCAGUAACUAAGGCAACCUGGCUUCACUGGCAAAGAAAAAGCAAGUAGUAGUGCUGGUGAAAAUAGAUGUUCCAAAAUUGUUCUUUGCAAUUCUUUUCAAGGAUAAGCAAUACGCUUGCUGGUAUAUUUGAAAAUAUUUAGAUAUUUAGGAUUGUCCCCAAGCUCUCUCUUGUCAUUACCAUUGAGUCAUGUCCAUGUGCGCAUGUGUGUAUACAUGCCAGCAUGCAAAUAUGUGCCUGUGUCCUGUCUCUUGAUUAUUUAUCUGUUAGUUACUAUUCCAUAAGCACUUUCCAGAAAUGCUAGGUGGCUAUAGAUUGUGCUCUCGGGAACAAUGACAGGUCAUUUGUCAAACAGCUGAAGGUAUGAGGAGGAUUUGGCUUUUGCUUCUGCAGAUGUCAUGCCCUGUUUUUAUCAGCUGGGGAGUUUCUUGCUGUGCAACUUCUUACCUGUGACCUAGUGCACUAGUGCAUCUUCCAUCCAGCAGCUCUGUUUUUCAGGCUGGGCUUCAAAAAAUCCCCAUGCUUUUGGGAAAGCCCUCAUGUGGACCUCAUGUAUUGAUGUACAGAAGGAAAUGUGCUUUUCAAAUCUCAGAAGCAUGUUAUUUUAAAUCUAGCGGAUCCUAACAGCCAAGCGAUCCAUUUGAAUAGUGCAUUCAGAUGAAGGUUGGCUUUUGAUUACAUCUUUUUUUUUUCUUUAGUCUAGAGGCAUUAUAAAGAAUUUACGUACAUGUACUGGCCUUUCCCCUUAUUGUGUUGCCUGCUUGCCAACCAGUGCAAUUAUAACUGCUCUCCUAAAACAACCCAAAAUAUUUUAAAUCCCUGUAAAGAGGCACUGAUAGAAUUGUUUAAGACCUAUUGAGGCCCUCUGGAACAUAGAAAAAUCUCUUAGGAUGAUAUAUUGAAGUUACAGAGGUUGCCCUGCCAAAGCCUCUGAAUUUCUCUUACUGAAUUUCCUUUAUUCUGUAUGUUUCACUAGGAAAUUUAAGUUUUUGAGAAUGGCCCAGCUGAAAGUGUUGGUUAAUAAGUUUUUUUAUACUUAAAAGUUUUCCAGUCUGUGUUUGUUAGUCAGGGGUAGAAGUUACCUUUUGACCCACCUCUGGUUGCCAUUGCCUAUGCUGGCAAAAGCCCCAUGGGGCACACUUACACCAGCAAAAAGGCCAUUUUGUUGGUACAGCUCUGUUUGAGGAAUUAGCAGAAGCUACAUCAGUUAAGUUCAGCCUCUGUUGGCAGCAUCAGGCUCCCACUGCCUCUUCCCAAAAAAACUCUUUCAAGUGUAGAUGAUGGCUCAGUUUCAGUGAAGUGCUUUAACACACCAGUAAGUACCACUGACACACAAAUGUAGGCGUGCACUGGUGUUUUCUUGAGAAUCACAAAUUUUUUACAGUAAAUGUAUUCUAGAGCCACUAAUGCCAUUUUUGUAACCACUCACCUUAUUUCUCCUGCUUUCAAAAGGAAAAGUAAGCAUGGCUUUGUACUGAAGUGUCACAAACUCUCCUGGCUUUCACUUCUGCCUUGCUCUAGCCUAUGUUCCAUUUUUCAACUGAACAAAAGCAACCCGGGUAUCGCUAGUAGCGCUUUAAUGCUGGAAGAGCUUACCUUUUUAUGUUGGUUUAAUGAUAAAGAGAGAAACAAACACGUAACAUAGAUACCUCCCCCCUCUCCCCCGACAGCCUCCCUCCGUGUGAUUUACUGCCAGAGAUGAUGCUGUCAUUUCUUUGCUAUAUUGCUGCUGCUGCUGCUGUUGCUGCUGUUUUAAACGGUUUGGUAUGUGAGCUUUCUGAAACAGUGUGGUAUGUGUAGGAUCUUGUGGGUGACAAAGCUGUCUUUCUUUUCUUCCUCCUUUCCCUCCUUGGUUUGUGCUUGUCUGUCUGCUGUGGUAGGGUUAUUAAUAAAUUAUACACCUAUGUGUUAGGUAUAAUUUUGAGGAGGUUUGCAUGUCAGUAGUUUGUAAGCAACUAAGGUGCCUCAUGUUCAGGUCUGAGCAGAUAGGAAUCCCCUUGCACUCUGCAGGGCCUGAUCCAGAGCCCAGUGAAGUCGGCAGGAAGGCUCUCGCCAACUGCGCUGGGCUUUAGGUCUGGCCUUUCGCUCCCACCUUUGUUGUGCCUCACUUAAAAUGGUGCUUUUUCAGUUGUCUGUCUUUUCUUCUGUUUUUUUUUCCUUUGUAUGGUGCUGUGUAUAACUUGAAUAUAUUAUGCACAUAUCCUACCCAAUGGGUAGAACAAACAAACAUACAAAAACAAAUAGAUGUUGUUAAUACUGUAAAAUAAUGUAUAGAUAAUACCAAUUUUAACACAAAAAUGGCAUAGACUUUGUGAAUGCCAACUUCUGUGCUUGGUCCUUUUUUGUAAGAAAAUUUGCAAAUGAAUGCAUACAAAUGACAAAAAGUCUAUGUAUUUUAUUUUCCUAUUAAAUAUCAAUAUAAUAUCAUAAGGGAAAAAGUUUGAACAAAUCCUUUUUGACUAGCCUGUGUAUAGCAAGUGGUUGUUUGAUGCAUCUUUGCUGUGAAGAUUUGUUCUUUUUUUUAAUGUGUCACUUUAAGAAAAAGGAAAGCAAAACAAAACAAACAAAACCUCCGCAGCUUUAACCUUGCAACUAGAUGCUUCUGUUAUGGGUUGUUGCCUCGCUCUUGCUGAGCUGGACCAGUAUUAGUUACUACUUCUCCAGCAGAUACAUUAUUUAUUCUUAUCCUCAAUUACCUUUUUUGGUUUUUUAACCUAGAAAUGGGUGAAAUCCCUUCAAAUCUCUUUGUCCACAGCCUAGGCUUGAAGUGAAGCUCAGACAAGUGGGAACUGACCCAAACCAUCCCCACAAAAUCAAAAACAGGCCAACAAGAGUUUUGUAAAAACAACCAUCUCUUGUUUUAUGCCUACUACACUGAGGUGCAUAAUCUCCCACCCAGUUGUUCUUAAGAGUUGGUCGGUAGCUGGGAGUCACUGAAGGUCUGGGUAGCUGCUGGGGUGCAAGGCUGAAGGGUAGACCAGAAAAGCUGCAAUUUGCAGUAAGCUGGAUACAGGGUUCAAACCGCAGCUUGCUUUGCCUGUGCUUUGGGGCAGCAGCACUGCUGUCACAUUGAUUGCUGACAGCGAUGGCUGAGCCAAGGUUAAUAAAAGAUUUCGGAAAAGGCCUAAACCUAUUCAGACCCACGCAAUUUGGCACUUCAAAUGUCCGCUGGUAUGGUAGCGUCAGUUUGGGAGCUGAUUCGUUUUGGUGGCGUUGCUGGAGGUGCAGAGCGCCCAGCGUCCCUGCAGCUACAUCUGCAGCAAAGUGCUUUUGCCUGCGUCACUCCCUCUGUGCAGGGAAACAGUACCGAUGUUGCCAGCGAAGGCACUUCUGCCCUGCUGACUGCGGCCGUGCUGGGCGGCCAUGCUGCUGCGGCUGCGCCAGCAGAUCUUCCUCCCGCAUGGCGGCUCUCACCGUUUGGAUUUUGAGGUUGGGGUGGGAGCUGUGGUUUUCUCAAAGCUGAGACAGGAAAGCAAAGUGGCUCGGCAGACUCUGUUGGCACGGCCAGCUUUCCUCGGUGGUUUGAUUCUCCCCCAGCGUCUCCACGUGUUUGGCUGUCUGUUCCCGUGCCCCGCGCCCGCUCUCGGUGUGGUUUGUUCGGUAAAGCAAAUACCUCAGGAAAACUAAACAUGAAGUUCUAGUUUAGAGAAUUGCAGAUACUGUACUUAUUUUUCUAAACUGUUUGUUCUAACUAUCCCAGGACAGUAGGUGGUAUAAAAGUUUAUCAGUCCAAGACAGAAUAAUCCUCUCUCGAAUGGAUGCUGACUAAUCUUUCAUAGAUACUCUCGUCUAUAUGUAGCUUUUUUAUACUUGUCAGGCUUUAACCACAGAUGUAACGUAGCAACGUGUUGGGAUAUGGUUGAGAUGGCAUUUUUGUUCGGUUUUCAGAUGACUAGCUAAAUGCUAAGCUAAAACUCAGGGGGCCUUAUCCAGGGCCCAGUGAAGUCAAUGGCAAGACUUCCUCUGGUUUCAGUGGGCUUUCGAUCCGGUCCGUAACCUGCGAGGAUCGGGACUCGGAGCACAGUCCUUUCCUAGCCUCUGGUGACUUCUCUGUUGACCCGAAACUUCAGCUAUACAUUUGUCUGUAAAUAUCUUUUUAAAAGCCCUCAUAGGCAUCCUGUAUCUGAACGUUGAUCAUGGUAGUUUUGUUUUCUUUGUUUUAAAGAAAUGUGUGAGUUUUAUGGCCAGUUCUACAUCAUCAAGCCCUUACAGGUAGCUUGUAUCCAUCCCUCUCUAUAUUGUGCUGUUUUAUUAGUAAGCAUGUACCAUAGUCGAAUAUGCAUAUUUUAUGACUGUCAUUUGUUAAGUUGUUUGUUGUUUGUCAGGGCAUAGAGUGAUUGUUUGGAAAGUCUGCCUUGCUGGCCAUUUUCACGUUUCUGUUUGCACUGCAGUACAGCUUCUGUGCGUGAAGGAAGAAAAACAAACAAAAAACCCCAGGCCUUGACUAGGAUGAAUCUUUACAGAGUAAACCUUGUGCCGGAGCAGUCUAGGAUAUGAUUCAUAAUAACAAACCGUGCAUACUGAGUGGACCAAACACGAGGAUGUUUCCCUAGAAAGGCACUAAUUUGCUUUGAAGCUGCAGUGGAAAGAGCAGAAUAUCUAUUAAGCGUAUUCACAGCUGUGUGUUCACACUUUUCAGUUUACUACAAAGCACAGCAGGUAACCACGAUUUAAAAAAAAAAAUAAAACCAGAAGUUAUGAGAGCCUCAGGCAGCAUAGAGCUUGGACAGCAAAAAUAAAAUAAAAACACUCACCUUAAUAUUCUUUAACAGCCUUUUUCUACUUACAGUACAAAGACGACAUGAGCGUUGUUAGGGAUUUGAUCUUUGUAUAGCUAUCAACUGCCCAGUGCUGCUGUGCUCAGAGCAUUUCAGGAUGGCACGUACAUCAGUCGGGCUGUUAUACCUAAAAUUUACCAUCGAAUGCCCGUUUUCAGAGUGUUGACCCUUUCUUUGUUGUUUCUUGCUAGUUAUUUUACAGUGUACAGUGCUUUAUUGCUGUAUGGAUUUUUUUCUAUUUCCAACAUUGUGGCUUUCAAGAUCACAUUUCCAACAUCUCUUAUUUUUUGUCCAUUUUGUUUCAAGUUAUUCUGAAAUAUGUACAGCACUAUCAAGAAUAUUUAAUCUUUCUUUUUAAUUUUAUUGUUGUAAAAACAAAUCCAUUAAAAUAAUAAGUCUUUUUACAACUGUAUUGGAAUUUCUCAGUAGCUGUUCAUGUGAAGCUAUGACAAACCUGGUUUGCUUUAAAAAGAAUUUUUUAUUUUCCUUUUAACAUGAUUAAUUUGUUGCUUAUUUUCCACUGUAACUCCCAGUUAUAUACAGGAAAAGAUUUCAACUGUUGUGUAUCUGACUCUUUUAACUGAGCAAAUGGUGGUGUCCUAGUUUUUAGACCUAAGGUCUGUUAUUGCAAUACUUUUAAAGGAAGAUGUUGCUCUAAGUGCUGUUGUUAGUUUUAAAUACAGAUUUUAUGCUUGUUCUUAAUAUGCUGUGGUUAAACCAUAGCACAAAAUUAUUAAAAACCAUGAAAUACA